AUGGAAUAUCGAAGAGUCCGCAUAACUGGCGAGUUUCUUCAUGAAAGAGAGUUCUACAUUUCCCCUCGAGGACGCUUUGAUCCUGGACAUGUGGAGGAGAGACAAGGAUUCAUAUUUUCCACUGAUAGCCUUUCUAGUCACGGUGCUCACAUUAUCACUCCGUUUCGUCUUUCAAAUUCCAACCUUAUAGUUAUGGUUAACCGUGGUUGGGUUCCUGCUUCCAUGAUCUCGCAAAGUUCUCGUCAGUCGUCUCAGCCUAAAGGGUUAAUAACACUCGAUGCUAUCGUAAGGAAAAGUGAAACGCGUCCACAGUUUAUCAGCGAAAACGUACCGGAGAAGGGACAGUGGUUCUAUAAGGAUUUUUUUGAAAUGGCACGUUAUUACAACACGGACCCUAUCUACCUAGAAGCAGUAUAUGGUAACCUCUUUCUAUUCGCUGUUUUCUUUAAGUGUUCUUACGUUCGCCAUGUGGAUCAUUCGAUUUAG